AUGAUCGCACCGGCUGCUCUGGCGCGCGUCGCUAUUUAUUUUGCUUUUACAUCCUGCCAGUUCAUUCUGUACUGUCUUUUCAAGAAAGCGAAAGGCAAAACGGUGCGAGUGAAAAGCGAGAAGUUGUUGGAACCCGAUUAUUAUAAACAAUACGAGAGUAUUUCUUUUCCCGCGCGAAAUCACCGAGGCGAUGAUUUGCUGCUCUUUCUUGGUAUAAUUGACAUUUUGCAGAACUACAGGCUACUAAAAAAGCUCGAACACACCUGGAAAAGUGUACUUCAUGACGGUGAUACGAUUUCGGUGCACAAUCCGACGUUUUACGCCCAGCGUUUCAUUACUUUCCUUAAAACUCAUGUAUUUCAUGCAACAUCAGGUAACGCUUAUUUACUUGAUUUCAACACUUUCGGUAGCAUGCGCGAGCUGGACACAGGAAAUAUCCCUAUUGCAGCACUUCGGCAAAGUCCUUCCAAACGACAACAUCUUCCUAGACGAAGUUUCACUGAAAAAGAAGAGGAAAUCAGUGGAAUUGAGGAUAUCCAACGAAGACCAUAUGGCAGUCAGCAGAAACCGCGAGAGAAGAAGGUAGAGCGCCUGUUUGCUCCAGAUCCUGAGCCCGCUGAAGCACGGAAAUCAGCCGAGUCGCUUUCUUCCGAUGAGAAUAUCAUCGUAAGUUUGUUUGUGGCAUUCAGUUUUGUUGCUGUAAUUCGUUGCCAGGUGUACUCGUUCGGGCGAAAGCCUCCCUUUAUCGCGCAUUUUUGUUUCGCUUUUGCUUGCAUGAUUGCAUUAGCAUGCGGCACUAUUAAUUUCUUCCUGCUGUAG